UUCGAAAUCUGUCGAUGAUGUCUUGGUGUUCAUUUUGCACCCUGUUGCUGGUGGUGCCUGGACCAGAAGCUCCUUGCUUGUCUAUUGUUAUGUCAGUAAAAUGAAGCUGCUGUAUGUUCUUAAAAAGGUUUUCAUUUUCAUAAUAUGUAUUUCAAUGGCUCUGGAUUUUGCUUAUUGUCGAUGGCUAUUUUAUGUGCACUUUCAGCUCCAAAGAAUUAUCUCAAUUUUUUAAAUGUUGUGGGAUUUUUUAUUUUGGUUAUGACAACCAUUGGAGCUUAUGGUAUGUUCCAAGAACACAUUUACUUUUUGAUAUCUUUUAGCACUUUCGGAAUAAUGGUACUAAUUUUACAAGUCCUUGGCAUUUGUUAUGCCAGUGAAGAGGACGAAGUUGAGAAGAUUGCUUAUAAUCACGUAGAAGACAUGUGGAAUACACAGUUAAUAGUUGAUGGUUAUAUGGAUGAAAUGCAGUGGAAUUUUCAUUGUUGCGGUAAAAAUGGCCCACAUGACUACAUUGAAAUAUUACGUGAAAUACCGGGAUCAUGUCAAACUGGGAAAGGAAAAUCAUCUCAUUAUGAAACGGGGUGUCGAAAAGCAGUCAAUGAAACAUAUAGAUCAUAUUUUAAAUACCUUUUAUUAUCCGAACAUUUAAGUUUAAUAGCAAACACAAUUGGGUGGAUUGUAGGUACAGUAAUAUUAGUUGUGCUUCUCUGUAGACAAUAUCGCCGUAAUGCAGUCGAAGAAACUUAAUUUCUAAUGCGAUGAAUACUAUAAAUAUAU